CACAUUGCUCACAAUGUAGCUCGCGGCACUAGUCACUGAUACAAUAACAGCAGCAUUAAGCAGACGUGACAUUUCUACCGAUACGUUUCCUUCUCGGUUUCCUUGGAAUAACUUUAAUUGAGGUCCAGCGCUGUCUGUAGAAUAAGUGAGAAUGUCCUUGUCUGGCUGGGUGUGUGUAGUAACAGGGGCCUCCCGAGGCAUCGGACGGGGAAUAGCCCUCCAGCUGUCCGAGGCAGGAGCCACCGUCUACAUCACCGGGCGCCAGGAGACAACUCUGAAACAAACCGCUGCACAGGUGAAGGAGAGGGGUGGAAAUUGUGUGCCGGUUAUCUGCGAUUCCACAAAAGACAAAGACAUCGAAGACCUGUUUGAACAAAUCAAAAGUGAGCAGAAUGGCAGGCUGGACCUCCUGGUGAACAACGCCUAUGCUGGAGUCCAGGCCAUCUUCGAGAAUAUGGGGAGAAAGUUCUGGGAAACCGAUCCGUCCAUUUGGGAUUCCAUCAACAACACAGGCCUCAGGGGCCACUAUUUCUUCUCAGUCUAUGCAUCCCGGAUGAUGGUGGCUCAAGGUCGGGGUCUGAUCAUCACCAUUUCAUCCAUGGGGGGUCUGCGGUAUCUCUUCAAUGUGCCAUAUGGCGUCGGCAAAGCCGCAUGUGACAGGCUGGCAGCAGACAUGGCUGUUGAGCUUAAAAGAAGGGGAGUGGCUUCUGUCAGUCUGUGGCCAGGAGCGGUACAAACAGAGCUGGUGUCUCAGCUCGUGUUGGAGAAAGAAACACCACAGGGUGUAGAUCCCAAGUUCAAAGAAGUCUUUGUCAAUGGGGAAUCCACAGAAGUGAGUGGGAUGUGCAUUGUCAACCUGGCAACAGAUAAACAUCUGAUGUCUCUGACUGGGAAAGUACUCCUGACUUGUGACCUGGCAAGGCGCUAUGGCCUACAAGAUAUUGAUGGACGGAGUGUGGCUGAUUACACUUCUCUGAAAUUCCUCCUGACCCAGGUGCCGUAUCUCUCCUGGCUGUCAGUUGUUGUCCCUUCAUUCAUACGCCUGCCACGCUUUGUGCUCACCCUGGCUAGCAACCGCUUCUAAACAUUUCCUACAUCAGUACUGAAGUGGCAGUAUCGUGCUGUAUGUCAACUAUAUGGUCCAAAUUCUAGAUAAACCCAUAGGUGCCAUGUUUCGGAUCAAAUCCAUCACUGGUGGCCAAUGGAUGACAAGGAGCACUGACUAACCACACUAUUAUUAUUUGAAGGAGUAUCAUUGAAAUUUAAAUUUAUAUAUAUAUAUAUAUAUAUUCCUACUUGAGUUCUUAAUGAAGGCAGUUCUAUGAAGUUUGAGGGGAAAAAUAGUGAACAUGAAUUAAACAUUAACACUAACGUUGUCCGUGGGUGAAGCCGCACAGUGUGAACUUGAUGUGUUUAUUAUGAUUACCGCAUGUAAUGUAUUUUCUUAAGAAGUAUGCAAAAUCUAUUUACAUAUGAGACAUUUUAUAAACAUUUAAAUAAUUGUGUAUUUUUAACACAUUUUUGAGCUUGUGAUAUUUCUAUUCAAUGAAUAUAUGCGUCCAACACUACUUCUACUACCACUACUAUUUGACUGGCUAAAUAACAACUGGUUAAAUAAAAAAGUUAACUCGCUGCUGUUUUCACUUGUCAUUCCCUUUUUUGCAAAAUAACAAAGCGUCUUCAAACUGAUAGGUCUUGAUGAAUAGGGUGGAAUCUAUUGCAGAAAGAUUAAUAUCUUCAUCUUGUCUAUUUUAUCAUAUUAUUUUGCGCUAACAAUGAAUUAUAAUUGCUACUCUGAAACUCUGACUCAUAUAUGUGUAUAUAUAU